AUGAGACCGCUUCUCCAAACGAAGCAGAUGUUGGUGGCUGGGGUCCAGAGGCGUGAGUUGUGCUACGAGUAUCGAGACAUCAAGAUUUCGGUGUGGUGGGAUUUCGAGAACUGCCAGGUGCCGGUUGGGGUUGACGUUUGGGAUGUGGCGCCAGCAAUCACGAAGGCCGUGAGAGCGAGCGGAAUUAAGGGCCCUCUCCGAAUCAACGCUUUCGGCGAUGUUAUGCAGCUCUCAAAAUCCAACCGAGAAGCACUUUCUCACACCGGCAUCGAUUUUACCCACAAUCCGGGUGGAAAGGACAACGCCGAUAGAUUUCUUCUUGUGAAUGUUAUGGAUUGGGUUUCUCAAAAUCCUCCGCCUGCACAUCACUUUUUGAUAUCUGCUGAUAAGGACUUUGCUGCAAUGUUACACCGGUUAAGAAUGCAUAAUUACAAUAUAUUGCUUGCUACCUCGAGGAAUGCUCCUCGUGUCCUCUGUAGUGCAGCAACUAUAAUAUGGCAAUGGUCUUCAUUAGUAAAAGGAGAAAAUCUUUUUGGAAAACAUUUUAACCAUCCUCAUGAUGGUUUGUUUGGUUCUUGGUAUGGAGAUUAUAAGGUGAUUCCUAAAAAACCGUUCUCAGAUGUUGAGAAGUCUUCGUCUUCACAAAAAGUGGAUAUAUAUAAACCUUCCGAAGAUAUACACACUGAUCCAAAAGAAGUUGUAAUACAGAUUUUCCGUGUAUUGAGAUCAUAUCCGAAAGGAAUCUCAAUUGUAGAUCUUCGAGCAGAGUUGAAGAAACGUAAAGUGUAUUUUGGUAAAAGGUUUUAUGGAUAUGGAACAUUUUCUCGCUUUCUAUUAUCAACACUGCAGGUAGAGCUUGCACCUUUAGGUUGUGGUAAUUUUCAUGUAAGUCUGGUUCCCUCAGAAUCCCCCAUACCUUUUGAGGGCAAAUUUGUAGAAUCAGUAACAUCUUAUAUUAAGAUUGAUGAGAAGGAAUCUGCAGCAACCCCAAAUCUAAAUGGUGAGGAUAAAAACAAGGCUAGACAAGAAAAUGUGUCUCGGCCCCCAAACGUGUUGCAGAAAUUUUCUGUGUGUAGUGGGAAGGUUGUUGAUGAAGUUUGUCAAAACUCAUAUUCUUUACCAGUUGGUGACUCUAUGCUUGAUAAAAUUCCUAGUGGAAGUGAUAAAACAUAUAGGAAUGGUCCAACAUUCUUUGGCUGGAUCAGAAGUUGGUUGCAAUUUUGGAAAGGUAAUAUAAAAUCUGGUGUUUCUGCUGAUUAUCAGAACAAGGCGGUUUUUGAUUUUGAAGAUUCCAACACAUCUGAACUCUUAGUAGAGGAGGAUAUGAUGCAUAAAUUGCAGAAGUAUGGACUCCCAGUUUUUAGAUCUCUCCCUGGAGGAGAUAUUCUUCAAUUGGUGGAACUGUUAAUAUCAGAGAAAAGGUGGUUGGAGGAGAGCCCCUCCAGAAUAUUUCCUUUUAGUGUAACCCAGCCAGCUCAGAGGAACUCUGAUGAGCCAAACUAA